CUGAGAUUGCCCUGCUUAUUAAUUUUAGAAGCUGGAUGAGAGAGCAGAUAAUAUUCACACAAACUUCCAGAGACUUGUCAUUAUAAUACAAUAUAACAAAGUAAACAGCUUCUUUCUUCUACCCACCUGUCUCACCCUGAGUCCCCGCAGCGUGUGUUGUUGUGGCUUUGGUUUUUUCAAACUCGACGCGCGCGCUGCGUGCGCUCCGCUCCGCUCUCUUCUCAGCGACGCUCGACUAGCACUUCCGUGUUGGCGAGUCCCGACGUCACGCGGAAUGUGAAGCAGGAAACGCGGAUGUGUUGCGCUUAAUCUGCAUCUACAGACGUGUUCCGAUCCAUAUGUCAAACCCAAACCCCCUUUCAAGCUGAUCUGAUCCAAACGCAGUGCAUCGGACGCGGGUCGGACGGAACCGAGUGGAGGAAUGCCUACCGGUGUGUGUGGAUGUUGUGGUCCUCUGCGGCCACGCUACAAGCGUCUAGUGGACAACAUUUUCCCAGAGGACCCCAAGGAUGGACUGGUGAAAUCCGAUAUGGAAAAGUUGACUUUUUAUGCAGUGUCCGCACCAGAGAAGCUGGACCGUAUCGGAGCGUACCUGGCCGAACGCCUCAGCAGAGAUGUGGUACGACAUCGCUACGGGUACGUGGUAAUAGCAAUGGAGGCGUUGGAUCAGUUGUUGAUGGCAUGUCAUUCCCAGAGUAUCAAGCCGUUUGUGGAGAGCUUCUUACACAUGGUAGCCAAACUGCUGGAAUCCAGAGAACCCGAUUUACAAGUGCUGGGAACCAACUCCUUUGUGAAGUUUGCAAACAUUGAGGAGGAUACGCCAUCUUACCAUCGCAGAUAUGACUUUUUCGUCUCUCAGUUCAGUGCCAUGUGUCACUCCACACACGAGGACCCCGAAACUCGCAACAGGAUCCGUGUAGCAGGCAUUAAGGGUCUCCAGGGUGUCGUCAGAAAGACUGUGAAUGAUGAACUCCAGGCAAUCAUCUGGGAACCUCAACACAUGGAUAAACUCAUCCCCUCCAUGCUGUUCAACAUGCAAGAUAAUGAGGACUCCGAGAGGUACAGUACACACACACACACACACUACGGAAUCAUCAAUCAUACCCCUCUGCCCUGUAAUCAGGAGCUGAAAUCCGAUCAGGUGCAUUUAGACAACCAUCGUCUGUGGGACCCGAAUGAUUUUGCUGUUUCCUGUUUCAGGAUAAUCAUGUACUCAAUACAGGCCCAGCAUUCUCACCAUGUGAUCCAGCAAGUGUUGUCUCACCUUGACACCCACAGUAAGAACACCCCGCGUGUGAGGGCAGGUAUCGUUCAGGUGCUGCUGGAGACGGUUGCCAUAGCAGCCAAGGGCUCCAUCGGUCCCACGGUCCUGGAGGUGUUUAACACCCUGCUAAAGCAUCUGCGUAUGAGUGUUGAUUUUGAGCUGGGCGACGGUUCCCGCAGGAACUCCGCGAGCAGCCUUUCCUCCACCCGCACCAAAGAGAGCGAGGAGCGGAUCGUCCAGAAUGCUAUCAUCCAAACCAUUGGUUUCUUUGGAGGAAAUCUUCCUGAUUAUCAGAGAGCUGAAGUGAUGAUGUUCGUUAUGGGGAAAGUUCCUGUUUACGGCACGCCGUGUCACACGCUGGACACCGUCAAGAUUGGUGAGUGUCCCACGGUCCUGGAGGUGUUUAACACCCUGCUAAAGCAUCUGCGUAUGAGUGUGGAUUUUGAGCUGGGCGACGGUUCCCGCAGGAACUCCGCGAGCAGCCUUUCCUCCACCCGCACCAAAGAGAGCGAGGAGCGGAUCGUCCAGAAUGCUAUCAUCCAAACCAUUGGUUUCUUUGGAGGAAAUCUUCCUGAUUAUCAGAGAGCUGAAGUGAUGAUGUUCGUUAUGGGGAAAGUUCCUGUUUACGGCACGCCGUGUCACACGCUGGACACCGUCAAGAUUGGGAAUGUCAAAAGUGCGUCUUCAUCUGGUUUUAGACAGGGCAACUUUUCAGGCACUGUUGCCCAGCAACAGGCAGGAAAUGGGCCGCAGGUUACGUCAGGGUUUAAGUGUAAAACGAUUUGUGCUGGCCUGCCCAUGGCGUUUCUGGAGCCAUUAUGCUCUAUCUCUUUGAUGGAAGACAGUGAACUACGGCAGCUCGUCUUGGAGAUUUUGCACAACAUCAUUGAUCGCCAUGACAACAGAGCCAAACUCAGAGGGAUCCGGAUUAUUCCUAAUGUAGCCGCUCUGAAGAUCAAGAGAGAGAAAAUCUCCAAACAGGAUGUGGUUUUCAUGAAAAAGCAUGGGCAGCAGCUAUACAGACACAUCUAUCUGGGCUGUAAGGAGGAAGAUAAUGUGCAGAAGAACUUUGAGCUGCUUUUCACAGCUUUGGCAUUGAUCACUAUUGAACUUGCCAAUGAGGAGGUGGUGAUUGAUCUCAUACGCCUGUCCAUCGCCCUGCAGGAUAUGGCCCUGGCCAAUGAGGAGAACAUGCCAAUGUUUAUUCGCUGUGGAAUCAUGGCAUUGAUUGCCGCAUACCUCAACUUCCUCAGUCAGAUGAUUGCAAAUCCCCCUUUCUGCCAACACGUCAGCAAGGUGAUUGAGAUGAGAAAUCUAGAUGCUCCGCACCUUUUGCCUGAACACGUCUUCAGAGAGAAGUGUGUGCUCCCAGACUCUUUAGACCGGGACGACGUUGGUUUGUAUUUUCAGACGGCUGAUCUGGCAGAAGCUCUGUCUGUACCUGGAUAUAACGUAGAGAGACUAGCUGUUCCGUACAUACCGCAGGUUACAGAUGAAGAUCGACUGCCCCGUAGGAAGAGUUUUGUCGACACUAUUUCUCUCCAAGUUGACAUCCUUUCCAACAGCUUGCCUGAUCAGUCUCAGCUUGCAGAGGAGAUCACGUUUGAGACCCUGAAGAAGGCCAUCGAUACCACAGGUCUGGAGGAACAGGAGAGGGAGAGGAGACGGCAGGUGAUGGAGAAGUUCCAGAAGGCUCCGUUUGAAGAGAUUGCCGCCCACUGCGAGUCCAAGGCCAACAUGCUGCACGAUCGCUUGGCUCAGAUAUUUGAACUCACCAUUCGCCCUCCCCCGAGCCCAUCGGGCACCGUGACGGUGACGUCAGGCCACGCCCAAUACCAGUCUGUGCCAGUCUACGAAAUGAAGUUCCCUGACCUCUGCGUGUACUGAACCACGGCCUUUCACCUUAACUCUAUCACACAGACUCAACCUUGACAUGUGACCACUGACCUUUAUCACACUUUAUGUGUGUAAACUCACCUGAGCCACUCAUCUUCAUUAGACAUCUUUCACUAUGAACGUCACUUACAUUCAUGUCCAGCAGAAAGAAGGGGUGCAGACUGGACGGCCACUUCAUGCCUCUAUUCUACACCAGUCAGCACACAGAGCUUUACGACCAGCUGUCCAGUCAUACACCAGCUCUGUAGAAUCAUGUGAAUCGUAUGUGUGUGGUUUUCACUUUGAUUCUUGCACUAAACGGCAGCUCCAAGAAUCAAACUGAGUCUUUUAAACACUUGAUUCUUCAGCUUCUUAAUCUAUUGAUUCAAAGGAGUCAUUUAGAAAAUGACUCACUCUGGAUUUAUUAAGGGAACUUAAUUGCUAGCAUUAGCUUAAGUGCUAGUUUAUGUUCAUUAACUCUCAUUUCUAAACCAUCAUCAGCAGAGAGAUUUGAACAUACGAUAGAUUUCUGCUCGCUUAAAUCUCUCCUAUAUAAAUAAUUAUAGUGUACAGUAUCGCACAGUAUAGUAUAGGCUAUUUUUGACAAAUAUAUAUAUAUAUACUUUUAGAUGAAAUGAUUGCUGAUAGUUGCAGAGUGUUAUUUGUAUUCUGUUUGCAUGGCUUAGCCAAUGUUUCAUUGCAAACGUUUGUGAGUUUAGGCCUUUAUUAAUCUACAAUUAGCCUUUAACUUCAAUGUUGUGGAUGUCAACGGGGCUUUUGUUCACCCAGAGUUCUUAGUGAUCACUAUGCUCUCCAUUUUGCCUUCACUGUAUAGAGAAACCAAAUCAUUUGCUUUUCAUCACCAAAGAGCUACGCACUUCCUUUAUGGCCACACACGGCUGCCAAUCAAAUCUUGAGCCAAUCAGAAACUGAAUUCUCUUUGAGGGCGGGAACACCACAGUGUUCUUGAACUCAAACCUCAGAACAGUUUCUAGAAACCCGGGGGCCGAAAAAUGAUGGAUUAUCAGUGAUAAAAUGAUCUGCAUUCAUCAACCAGCUGUUUUUUUUAUCGAGCCACAAGGACGUUGAAAUGCUUUUCUGCUUUUCAGGUGACUUCAUUCAUCUACCUUGGACAAAAUAAAAAUGUGUGUGACUGUUAGAUGCUGAAAUACUUUGCUGGAAAUGUUUCACAUCAUCUGAGCUUCCUGUGGUGAGAGCUGUGAUCAAUUUCAGUUGCUUUUAGCUGGUAGAAACGUGUCUGUGCGGGACCAUUUAGGACAUUUUGGUUGAUCCUGAGGUGCUUUUCAUGGUUUCUGGGGGUUUGUUGUCAUACGAUUGCCUUGUCUUAGUUUUCUGAAUGUAUUUAUGUGGAUGGAACGGCAAGUGAGCGAACAGGUGUUUAUUCUGCAGAUUUGUAUGCUGAUUAUGGAUUCUGUAAUGAUGAUGCAAUGCUGUUGCCAUUUUUUUGGCCUGAGAAAUGUUUCAAUGGUCCGACUUUGUGUCCAGAGACUUGCACUGCAUUGUGGGAUUUGUACACACAUAAGGUAAAGAAUGAAAGCAUUUAAAGGUCAAACCUCAGAGAUGGCUUGUUCUAAAUGCUCAAUAGGAUAAAUUUCAUGUCUCAUAUAUUUUCCAUAAAAUCUGAGUUGAUGGCAGAUUUACUGCCUUAAUUCUGAUCUGUCUAGUCUAUUAAAGAAAGUCUGAAGUGUUAAAGAAAGGAUUUCAGUGACAAAAUGUUAGAGGACACUAGGAAAUAGUCAGUAGUUGACCUUGUGCUGUUGUGUAUUUCUCUCGGUAACUUGCUGCAUUUCAAUAGAAGUUGCUUUGCGAUAAUAUGCGUAAAAACUAUUUAAUGCUGUGAAAUCAGGCACAUUAUUUCUGUAGAAAUAUAAAAUCAUAAAUAAUUCCUAGAUUAAUGUAAUAUAUUUUUGGUGUAAUAUAAAAUAGGAAUGUGUUGUUUCUCUGACACAUCAUCUGUAAUGCACCUUUAGAGAUUUGUCUGUGUGUGCAUGUCAAAGGGAUUCAAAGGGGUUGUUUUUACAUCAGUGAAGGGAAAUCUUGUUAAAGGUCAUACUGUAACUGCUAAUAUAAUUUUUAGUGUAAUUCACAAUAUGUUUUAUUUUCAUCCACAGUGGAACUUUACGGUACUUUAGUAUUUAUCACAUGGUUUGUCUGAAACUGAUCUUUAGUUCGGUUUUAUCUGUAACUUGACUGUUUUUUUUUAUUAUUUUUGUUCUGUUUUAUGGGUGAGAAGUAAAGAAUAAGAUAAGUUAGGUUUCAGGUUGAUGGUGAUGCGUCAAUAUGAACAGAAAUGGUUUUGCAGUCUUCCGUGUGAAGAUAGUCCAGAGGAUAGGCAUAUGUCUACAUGCAUCACGCUAGAUUUGAAAUGUGUAAUGGUAUGAACCACUGCAGUGUUGAACAGAUUAUAAAACGUUACCAUGAAAUCUCCAGGUGUCAAUUAGCCAUAUCCAGGUUUGCGGUCUGACAGUGUCUGCCACAUUAAUGUGCAAUGAGAUUUUAUGGACGAGAUCUUAAAGUCUUAAUAAAUAUUUUUUAUUUAAAUAAUGUUUCUGUUGUUUUUUGUAAAUUCUCAUUACUGUAAUACAGUAAAGAAAAGUUAUUGUUGACCACAACUAAACAAUGUCAAUUAAAUAUCAG